AUGCAUUCUCCCAAGGAAUCUUCGGGGUUGAACUCCUCUGAAGCUCCCGGCGCCAUGGACAGCCCUCCCAACCCAUUUCUCAGUGGGCCACUGAGCAGCGCGGUGCUCACAGGCGAUGCUCAUCUGCCCUACCCUGCGAUCUCAAUAGCUUUGGGCCUCUCCACUGCUCUGCAAAUUGGAGAGGCGUCAGCGACGGCGGCGCCAAUGGUUGAAGGUGGCGGUAGUGUUAGCAGGACGGUGAAGAAGAAGAGAGGAAGGCCGCGGAAGUAUGGACGUGAUGAUGGGAGCAUUCAGUUGGGGUGGAACCCCGCCAUGGCAGCGAUCUCUGAAUUUUUGGGGUCCCCCUCGUCGGAGCCGCCAAUGCCCAGGAGGCGGGGCCGCCCACCUGGCACUGGGAAGAACCAGAGACUUGCUGCAAUGGGUAAGAAUUGCCUUUUAUGUUUGAUCAUUCAUAACUACUAAGGCCCAGCUAGUGAAGGGAUUUCUAUCGGAAGCUUAUUAUUAUCUAUGAUAGUAAUUUAAUACAGCAUAACAACUCGGGGAAGUCAACAGAAGAUGGCUUCAGCGUGAUAUCUGAUAGUUUUAGCCUUCUUUUUAUGGCCCCUGAAAGAGAGCUGUUUCAAUGAACCACGAACAAGCUAAUUUUUGCUGCAAAAUAGUGAACCAGAUUUCCAAAAAUAUAUUAAUUGUUUUCAUCUCGGACUAUCUUCGCACUCUCAAAUUGUGUCCAUAAUUGGAGAAUUUUUUUAUGAUAUACCAAGCAUAUCUUAAUGGAAGUUCUUAGCUUCCAAUAUAUGUUUAAUACUAGAUAUUUCUUUAACUUCAGAUACAAUGGAAAUAAGGGCUUAAUAUACUACCCGUAAGUUAAAUUAUUUUUUCUUAUUUAAUUAUUUAUUAUAUAAAUUAAUAUUUUUCUUUCUAACCUCUUACUUGUAUUAUGUUGUCUUCUUUUAAUUCUUCUCCCUUCAUAUGAUAUAGUAAAUUCAAUUUUGAAACCUCUCUAGGAUUACCAUAUUUUGUAUUUCGAUUCAUUCUUCCAUGUUUGGGAGAAAGUUAUUGAUACAUACAACCUUUAGAGGAUCUUUAUCUUACGUGCAAUUGUAUUCCAUUCAUUUUAAUGAGUGUGAGAUGAUGCUCUUAUAUGUAUUUAUGAAGCAAUAAUCAUUAUGAUUUCUUUUAAAAUAUAAUAUUGUUUUUAUUUCAAAUGUUUUCUGAAUUUCAUUCUUGUUCUUAUAUACAUAAAUAUGAAAAAAAAUUCAUGUAAAUAUUCCCUAAAUUUUGUGGAAUCUACUAUAGCUUGGCAUUUAACAGGAUCUCAAAGGGCUGCUUUUCACCCACACAUUAUCACUGUCAACCCUGGGGAGGUUAGUAAUCUUAUUUUACAUCCUUAAAUAUCAUUUUAUUCAUGAAUAUUUAUUGAUAUUAUAAUAAUGUUAUUCUCCUUUUGUUGGUGUUUAUCAUGUUCCCUUGUGACUUUUGAAAUGCCAUAAUAGCAUGUUUGAUAAUAAAUGAGCAAUAGAAUUGAUUUUAUAAACUAUGACUAAACAUGGCAAAGGAUGAGCCUUGAUUCUACAAAUUUAUUAUCUUCUAGUUCCUUCAAUAAUAUUUUCUCAUUUUUCACUGAACUGAAAUCACGUGGUUGGAUUUUAUUUCUUUGACCCUCAAGUUAUUCCAUUUUUUCCAAAUUCAGCAUUAUGCUAUUUCUAGUUGUGACCUGCUUCUAGAAUCUUUAGUAGUUAUUUUUAAUUUGAUGUUAAUUACGGUCUUGGGGGCUUUAAAUUUUUCAAUGCUCUACAGCUAAAUUUCCUAGUCCAUAUUAUCUCUUGGCAGGAUGUGACAUCAAAGAUCAUGAGUUUUUGUCAACAAUGCCCAACGAAUGUCUGCAUCAUUUCUGCUAGAGGCUCUCUUUGCAGUAUCACCCUUUGUAAGCCUGAGCCAUAUGAUGGAGUUUUGACUUAUGAGGUUAGCAAAUGAAAUUACUUGUGCAGUCUUUUCAGAAAAACAAUAAAUGAAUAGUUCUUAUUAAGGAAAUCAUUUAAUUUUUUUAUUAUAUAUAUUUUUAAUGAUUUACAACAUGUACGUUCAGAAUAGAUGGUCUGAUAUUUGCAAGUAUGUUUUAUUCCAUUUAUCCCAAAACUGUUUUAUUUAAAUAUCUACUACAAUUGAUACUAAGACCACUUUUUAUUUGAAUUUUUAGAUAAAUUUAAAAAAUAAUCCUAAAACAUCCUUUGUGUAAAAUCAACAUACUCAAUCUAUAUCGUUAAAUUUGGAUAAGAAUUAGGAGCUUUUGUGCAAGUCUCAAGGGGACUAUUCAGCCACUUUUAGAAUGACCUAUCCAAGAAUCUAGGCCAGACCUUGCUAAAUUAUCCAAAUUGGCUUCCAUGAAGCCUUCCUAUAGCUUUGUGGAAGAUUUGUGUUCAUUAAUGUUAAGAAAUAUGCCCCUUUGAGUUUUUAUUUUGGAUUAAUAUGUGUUAAACCCAAGCUUGUAAGGGCGUUUUAAGGGUUUUUCCUAGUUAUGUACCCAUAUUUUUUGUCUAUCAAACUCUCCUUCAUUAUUGUCUCGUGCUCUUAUUUUUCCCAUCAUAAACAAGCAUGAGCAAAGGAUGAAGAUGGAAUUACAAGACUCUCAUAAAAUAUUUGAAAAAAUGUGUAAUAAGGAAAAAUAGUGCACAUCCACUUCCAAAAAUAAAAUAUCAGGAGUAACUAGAGAGGUGUUUGUGUUGAUCAAUUUAUGUCUAUUUUUUCUUUACUUCAUUACUAUAAAUGCAAGAAGUUAUUAAAUGACUGGAAAUUUUUCCAAUUGGAUAUCUACAAGGGAUCUAUUUGAAUAGAAAGAGGGCCUAACGUGCUUGUUCAUGUCCCUAUAUUUCCUCUUAAACUAUAAAAGAAAACAUGCAUGAAAUCCUUUAAUUUGCCCAUUUACCAUAUCAACAUUCUGAUUUGGAGAAAGGAGCUAAAAAUUAGAUAGAUGGGCAUGAGUGGUAAGAAAAGGUAUGGGGUUAGUAGCAUUCUGCCACCUAGCUUUCUAAGGAUUUUGCGUUGCCCCCUCCUUUCCCCACAAAAAAAAAAUUGAAUUUUCCUCAAGUUGGUUCAUUUAAUGGGUAGGUUUUAAAAAAUGAUUUCAUGCAUUAUUUGCAUGCAUAAUUACAGCUUUAUAGGAGAUGAAUACCACAUAUUGCUGCCAUAGGAGACAUUAAGAAUAUAAGCACAGCCAAAAUUUUAUUUUAAUUUAUUAGAUGGAUUAAUUAGUGAGCCCAUGUGUGGGGAACCAUUUUUAGUAAAUGAUUAUGUAAUACUCGAUGAUCUCCCCUAGACCUCAUAAAAUGUAUGAACAUAUGGGUUCAACGCAUUUUUUUAUUUUUUAUUUUCAUAUGCUUGAUAAUUUAGAAAUAGCUCUCACUAUCAUGAGCAUAGUAGCUCAUAUUAUUAUGGAUGGAUUAAUUAGUGAAUAUGAUAAAGUCUCAUUAAUCUUCUUCAGCGUAGAUUUAUUUUAUUUUUUAAUAUUUUUUAUUCAUCAUAAACUAGAAGCGUCUGAUUUUCAUGAACAAUAUUUUGUCCACUUUUUGUUUUUUGCAGGAUCAUUUUGAGAUUCUUUCUCUGUCCGGUUCUUUCCUGCUCAAGGAGAACAGCUCCACCCGGAGCAGGACCGGCGCCCUGGCCGUGUCGGUGGCCAACCCAGAGGGACAUAUGAUCGGCGGCGCCGUCUCCGGAAUGCUCAUGGCGGCGAGCACCGUCCAGGUUCUUGUUCUUGUUCUUCUUCUUCUUCUUGUUCUUCGUGUUCUUCCUCUUCUUCUUCUUUUCUCUCCUCUUCUCUUAUCUUCUACUUCUCUCGCACAGGUUGUCGUGGCUAGCUUCAUGGUGGCGGGGGGGACGCAGAGGCUUGCUACGGCUAAGCGGGUGAGGCGGGCGAAGCCUCCGGCGUCUCCGGCGUCUCCGGCGUCUCCGGCGUCUCCGGCUUCUCCGGCGAGCGCCGCGUCGGACGACAGCGAGAGCUCCCGCAAUGCCCAAGGCAGCCCGGUCAACGAGGAGACGUCCCCCAGCGGCGCCCCCGCUACCGGCACGCCCUCCUCCUCCACCGCUCCGUUGACCUGGCCGCCAGCCAGCCGCCUACCUUGA